CGGGGGCUGCCGAGGACGCCGAGUGCCCGCCGCCUCGCCAGCCUCAGCCCCCGCAGAAUGUCCUCGCUGCCCCGCGGCUUCGAGCCCCAAGCUCCCGAGGACUUGGGGCAGCGGAGUUUGGCGGAGCUGCGGGAGAUGUUGAGGCGCCAGGAGAGACUUUCGCGCAACGUAAAAUUCAUUUGCAAAUUGCCCGACAAAGGUAAAAAGAUCUUAGACUCUGUCGCCAAACUGAAAGCUGCCAUUACAGAGCGUGAAGAAAUUCAAGGAAGAAGUGGACUCUUGCAUCCCGUUAGUUUAGACUGUAAACAGAGGCAGAAGGCAGUUGCAUUUGUUGAUGUGGACACAGAAAAGGCCCAGAACUCUGACCAGAUACUUGAUACUUCAUCACUAGUUCCUGGCUGUUCCUCUGUAGCUAACGUCACGCCAUCUCAGACAACCUCACGACAGCAGGAACCUGUCCAUCCUCCCCGCAGAGGCAAUGCAGAGGCCCCCGAGGUUGAGUUCACGGUGAGCAAGUGCCCAGCUUCGGGCAGCAGAGCUACCACACCUCCCUCGGCCGAAGCUCGUGCGCCUCUCCCUCAGCAUCGUGUUGCUGGUCAAGCGGAGGAUAGUUCUAGCAGCUCUGACAACCAGUUUAUUGAUAGAUUACAAAGGAUCACGAUUGCAGACUCAAGUGAACACCGCUCAGAAGAAAACACGAGUACUGAGAACUUGACUGGCCUUCAGAGCGAGCCACAGAGGAAGCCUCAUUACAUGGAAGUGCUAGAAAUUCGAGCCAAAAACCCCCUGCCCCCACCACAUAAAUUUAAAACCAAUGUGUUACCUUCACAGCAGCACGACUGGUCGAGUCACUGUCAGAGGCGAGGGUCUCCUGUUUGCUCAGAGGAGAGGCGGCUCAGGGACAGGAAGCACCUUGAUGACAUCACAGCAGCCCGGCUCCUGCCGCUCCACCAUCUGCCUGCACAGCUGCUCUCCAUAGAGGAGUCUCUGGCACUUCAGAAACAGCAGAAACAGAGCUAUGAGGAGAUGCAAGCCAAGCUGGCAGCACAAAAAUUAGCUGAAAGACUGAAUAUUAAAAUGCAGAGCUAUAAUCCAGAAGGAGAAUCUUCUAGGAAAUACCGAGAAGUAAGGGAUGAGGGUGACGAUCGGUCCUCGGAUGAUGAAUUCUGAAGAUGGGUGUCCGGAUAAUCUCCUGCAUCUCUGCCUGUUGAGAUCUCAUUAUCUUCCAUCAGACUUUCUAACAAGUAUCAAGAUCAGUGUCAGACCUUGUGGAAAGAAUUUUGUAAAGGUACACAAAGGAAGCUAUGAAAGUAGCCCACUUUGAGAAGAUAACUUUCAUGUGCUUGAAAAGUUUAAAAAUUGAAUAUUGUGCUUAAUCACACUGUAUUAAAGUUUUGCAGUAUGUCAUCUGUUGAUCUGAUAUGUUAGUGUACACUAGAGCACAUUUUUUUCUCUAAGCCAAAUAAAAGCAGGUGACCAACCGCUUUUCUCUUUAUUCUUACCUCUGUCAAGUAGCAUUUAUUACAUGUCUUUCAGUGAAUUAUUAAGUUGUCCCAGGCCAUCACCUACAAUGAAUUAGGAAGACACAGGCCCCUCCCUUUCUGAAUAAUGAAGGGAGCAACGUAGAGAAUUUUGUGCAUGUUUGCAUGGGACGUGCGGCGUUGGAUGUGAGAUACCAAGGAAGACGCUCAGAGAAGAUUCUUAAGUGUUUGUUUCCUUCUUCUGUCUUUCCUUAGGAAGAAUGUUUUCCUUCUGAUUAGGAAUAAAGAGUCCUUUUAGUUGAUGCUGGAGGGUGGGUCUAGGUGACCAGAUUUGCCUGGAGUAACAUGAGCUGUAGGAAAAGCCCAAGAUGACGGACGUAGGUGAAGGGAGAAGCGGUUCUCCUGCCUGGCCUGACUUGAGUUCAUUGUACUAACAGAUGAUAGGUUCAGUUUGAUAAGAAAACCAGUUUUUUUUUAAAGCUACAAUUGGUUUGUUAUCAGUAUAUUGCUUUCCCAUGCAAAAAAGAGGGUUACAUGAGCUGCAGAAACCUUAAUCUCAUAUAUAUACACACAUAUGUAAUUUUAAAGGAUUAUGUGGUUGUCUCCAGAGAAAUUAACACGUAUGUUAUCAAAGAUUUCUUUGUCUAGUAUGUUGGCGCCUUUAAACAGUGUUGAAAGGAAGAAUAAAGUAUUAAUUACAGCAAUUUCAAAAUGCUAAUGUGAUGUUUUAGUGGUGCUUAAUUAAAUCUAGCUUAACUUUAAAAGAACUUUUCAUAUACACCAUCUGAAUGAAAAUACAUUCCGGCCGCUGUACGUGUGAUGGGAGGGGCUCAGUCCCACGGCCUGCACUUCGGGAGCGGCUCCUGCUUCCCAGCUCCCUUUUGCCCCCUCCCCGCAAAAAGCAAAUGUGAAAGUACACUGAGGGAACAGUUUCAUUAAUUUUACUUUUAAAACUAAUUGUAAAUGAUUUCAUAACAAAGUUCUUUGCUGUUUCUUCUUUAUAGAAUAAAAAUACAUGUUAUUUCUGGAAAGCUGGGUAACACGGGAGGGCUCCAUGCACACUCACACAGUCCCCUGUAGUCCCACCCCCGGAGAGAGGGCCUCUGUUAGCAUUUGGGCACGCGUACACGGACGGACUUUUCUCUGCAUAGCUCUGCAUUUAUAUUUUCAGCAGUGUAAUCAUACUAUGCAUCAGUUAAUAGUCUGCUCUAUAUAUUGUAAACAUUUUCACAUACUAGAGAUUCUGCAUUUCAGAUAGCUGCAGAAUAACUUCCAUUUUAUGGGUGUAUGCUAACUUUCAAAAUUAUCUUGUCUCACAGUUUGUUAAUUAUAAUGCAACCUGAAAACAGGGAUGCAGUCAACAUCCUAAAAUGCCAUCACAGCUGAAUACAAGUGGUCUGUUUCCAAAAGGUACCUUCCUAGAAGGGACUUGCUGGUGAACACUUAAGUUUUUGAGACUUGAUGUGCAUCACACACUCAUGAAGAUGGCCCCUUGGCAUUCCCACUAGCCAUAAAGGAAACUCCCAGAAUCGCAAAUUGCUAUUUAAAAUCUUUGCAAAUUGAAUAAUUGUAGAAAAGGACUACCUUUGAAAUGUGUGUUUUUUUGAUUAUGAAUGAAGGCUAAGUGUUUUUUCAUGUUUGUUGACUAUUUACGUCCAUGGUUUGAGCACUGCUUAUUCAUGCCCUCCUGUAUUCUCUUGGAGAGUCUGCCAUUUUUAUUGGCUUAGAGGUUCUUUAUGAAUUAAGAUGUCCAUCUCUUGUUACAUAUUAUUGUUUUUGUGUGUCACUUGCCUUUUAAUACAAUUGAUGGUGUGUUUGGUGUA